AUGACGUCGCGGAGAGUUGCCAACCUACCGGUUGAGCGGGCUCCUAAUGCACCGGCCACUCAGAUAGACAUUGCUAAUGUAUGUCAGGUGGUGGCCCAGCUUAUCCAGCAACAGCAGACACAAAUUGCUCUUCGACCUAUAUCAUCUAUGGAGUCAUACUAUAAGAGAUUCAGAAGGCUCAACCCAUCACUAUUUGAAGGCAAACCUGAUCCUUUGAUUGUAGAGAUAUGGAUUCGAGAGAUGGAGAAGAUGUUCGAUAUCUUACAAUAUCCCAAGAACGUGAAGGUCAGAUUAGCCGUGCUUAUGUUGAAAGAGAAUGCUGAGUUUUGGUGGACUACAAUAAAAAUUAUCUUUGGAAAUAAUAAUGACCAGCUGACUUGGAAGGAGUUCAAAGAGAUAUUUUAUGAUCAGUACUUUCCUGAGAUAAUGAGAUUGAUAAAAGAGAAUGAGUUUCUUGCUUUGAAGCAAAAAGAUAACAUGACAAUAUUGGAAUAUGCCAACAAAUUUAAUGAGCUAGGCCGUUUCUGUCUCCAACUUAUGAAUUUCGAAAGGAGCAAAGCCAACAGAUUUGAACAAGGUCUAAGAUAUGGAAUUCAGUUCCGUCUAUCUUCUCAUAUUUUCAAUGACUACAAGGACGUACUGGAAUGA